AUGAGUUCCGACAGAACAAAAGUGGGCGUUUUGCCUGUACCUGAUGAUGGUGAUCAAGACUUGGAUGGCAAGACUGACCUUCAGAGGAGGAUCAUUGUGGUAUAUGUGGUUAUGACAACCUUUUCGUCCAUGAUACUUGGGUUGCGGCUGUAUACACGCAUCUUCAUUCGUCGGUUGACCGGAUUGGAUGAUGUGUUGGUAGUUCUCAGCUGGCUUGGGUGUGUCGCAUGGUUGGUAAUAUGUUUCGAAGCAUUCAAAUACGGCUUCGGCCAACACCUGUGGAAUGUGACUGUAGAACAGCUCCAAGUCUACACGAAGAUGCUCGUCGGCAUAAUGGUAGUGUAUGUCUGGACGCCUGCACUCGCAAAGCUCUCCUUAUUAGCACUCUACUAUCGCCUCAACCCGGAUUCCAAGAUUCGCUCCUGUAUAUACACGUUAACAGGCCUUGUAUCUGGAUAUUCGCUAGCAAUCACCAUUGUCGCUGCCGGCCCGUGCAAUCCACAAUACCAUAGCGACCAGAAAUGCCUUACAGAUCUUAACCUUUUCAUGGCAUGUAUCAACAUUAUCACGGACUUCUUGAUCCUGUGCCUACCAGUACCAAUGUUACGCGCCUUGCAGCUGCCGAUGAAACAAAAAGUCUUACUGGGAUUUGUGUUCGCAUUGGGAUCCGGUGUGGUCGUCAUCUCUACCGUUCGUAUCAUUUACGUCUACAGCAUGAUCAGCAAUCCUGACUCAACUUACAAUAUCGCCAAAGCUUGUAUAUUCUCCACGAUUGAACUCAAUGGUGGCGUCAUUUGCGCAUGUGGGGCACUCCUGAAACCCUUCAUACAACGACACAUGCCAUGGAUAUUGUCUCUUUCGAGUCGUAAUGGAAGCGGGAAUCGCUUCAGAGUUCGAAAAUUCAAGAUGUUCAGGAAGCACAGCAAUGGAGGAAAGUUUGAGCUACGUAGCACAAACGCAGAAAAAAAUGCGCGCAAGCAGGCCAGCAACAAAUUGAACCGUCAAAUCGAGGUAACCCGAUCGUACACUGUUCGAGAUUCGAAAACUGCGAAAGACAACGGCGAUAGCAUGGAUGAUUUGUUUGCACCAACUGCGGGCUGGAACGGGGGUCGGUAG